AUGACGCCAAAAAAGAUGUUUACUGUUCUUGAGAACAACCCAGAAGUCAUGAACUCCUUGGCUCAAAACCUCGGUCUGGACACGAAUGCGCUCUCUUUCUACGAUGUCUACUCACUUACUGAUCCGGACAUGCUGGCUUUCAUCCCGCGACCAGCCAUAGCACUACUCGUUAUCAUACCUCUGACGCCUACAUGGGAUGAGGCGCGAACGGUAGAAGACAGAGACAAAUCUGAGUAUGAGGGCAAGGGCGACACAGAACCCGUCAUAUGGUUCAAGCAAACUAUAGGCAACGCUUGCGGAAGCAUAGGCUUGGUGCACUGUCUCCUCAACAGCGAAGCUGCACAGCACAUCCAGCCAUCCUCGACCCUCGCUAAGAUCCGCGAUGAUGCGCUACCAAAACCCAUCUGGCAGCGGGCGAAAUUGCUCGAAGACUCUGACGCAUUUGAGAAGGCUCACGCAGACGCAGCAAAACUUGGAGACACAGAAGCACCUGUAGCAAUAGAGGAGUAUCAUCUCGGUCAGCAUUUCGUGGCGUUCGUCAAAGCAAAAGAUGGCCACUUGUGGGAACUCGAAGGUGGUCGUAUGGGUCCACUCGACCGAGGUGUGCUCAACGAGGAUGAGGAUGUGCUUAGUCCUGCGGCGCUGGAGAAGGGCAUUGGACGUCUGAUGAGGAUCGAGUCUGAGAAAGGUGGCGACCUGAGGUUCUCUGCAAUCGCGCUGGCUCCGGCGAUGAAAUGA